UCCAGUUUUCCUCCAUAACUCUCACAAAUGGAAUUGUUUCCCCAACCCAUUUUUUCAUCUGCUUUUGUGUGCAUCAUCGCCAUCACCAUCUUCUCCAUCUUGCUGCUUCUCCCACCAUCAUACAGCGAUCCCUUGGAUGAGUUCUUUGAGUGCAACCGUUCUGAUUUCUUUGAUUGUGGCCGUCUAGGACCCUUUCGUUAUCCUUUUUGGAACGACAGCACUCCGAAGUAUUGUCGUUCGCUUGGAUUACACUUGACAAACUGCGAAAUGUAUCCCACCAUAGACUUUGGCCCAGAUAAUUCAUUCUUACUGCUGCACAGAAACCUAUCAAAUUACAUAUUGACGAUUGCUCCAACUGAUAUAGACUCAUAUAUUUGUCGCGAGAUAACACAACACCAAACUCUGUCGCACCCUUAUUUGAAAUUAUCCGAAACCAACAAAAUCCUCACUCUGUUCUAUGGCUGUCCUCCACCUACUGAGGUACCGUACGACAAUAAGAAUUUGGAGUGCGAACCUGGACCUAAAACACCAUUCUACAUGAAUGAUUCGGAGACGAAUGAUCAUUACAAAGAGCACCACAAGUGCGGUACUGUGAAAGUUGCGAUUAAUCAGAUGGGUUUCAAUAUCCUGGAGAAGAAAAUGGGAUUGAAAUUCGCUUUGAGUCAUGGUUUUGAUGUGGAGUACAACAUUAGUGCGGAUUUAUGUGAUCGGUGUGAGAAUUUGGAUGGGAUAUGCGAAAUCAGUUCAAAUUCAGUUCAGUAUCUACAAACAACAUGCAGGCGUCGUCCAGCAACCCUUCUCCUCCUCCUAGUGCUCUUUCCGAGCACCACUUGCGGGGUAGAUGAGCGGUUCUCCAGUUGUUCUUCUUCAGUCAAAUUUGGGAAGCUCAGUUCCAUUGGUUAUCCUUCUUGGAAGAAUGACCAACCUGAUUACUGUGGCCAGCCGGGUUUCAAACUUGAAGAUUGCAAACAAGAAGACAUCACCAUAACCAUACUCCCCCGGAUGUAUCAUUUACACCUUAACGACAAAAAAGCCACCAUAUUAUACGACUGUGCCGCAGCAAGUGAUCCAAAUAAGCAGUCCAAAGAUCAAUUCCGCUGCCCAGUUGAUAAAAUCCUCCGUGAUGCUUACUUUGUAUCUCCAAAUACAAGGUUGGGAAAUGAAGAGUUCAGGAGAUCAUGCAAUAUCAGUGCUGUGAUUCCUGUAAUGAAGACGGCGGUCAAAAGGUUUGUGAAUCAUGGAUUGAGUGUUGGUGAAGUUGUAAAUCAAGGGUUUGAAGUUAAGCGGAAUGUGGAGGCAGAGCAAUGUAGGAGUUGCCUCAAGACAGGUGGGAGCUGUGGGUUUAACUCGACUUUUAACCAAUUUAGAUGCUUUUGUGAUGGUGGGGAUUUCUGUCCUUCUCGGAUGCCAGUUGUUCCAGCAAGCCAGUUCGAUACUCCGGGCGCUCCGCCUGUUCCUGAUCCUAUACCUACCCCUGCUAUGUGUUUUGUACCUUGAUUUUCAUAGUCUAUUACACGUUUGAUACAAUGAUCCAGAGAAGGGUCCUACGUGACCUUUUCCUUGAUGGGAUAGGUGUUAGUCUGCAUAAAUGAUAAUUUAGCCUAAAAAUUAAAUAUAAGUCAAUAUAAGAUUGAGGGAAAU